UGACUAAUCUAUCAGCAGGACCAUUNCAUUUGUGGACUGCUCUUGAUAUGUUUUAGCAUAUUACAAGUGGCACUGUCACUGUUAUGGCAAUCAGUAAUGCCGAUAUCCAAGUGUAUUAAUACACACAUGCACACGCUUAUGUACACCAAGUCUGAGUUUAGAUUGGAAUUUGACCAAGUUCUGACAGAGCAGAACUGUGCUAGAAAUAUAAUGCUUUAGGAUACGAAAGUGAAAGAACACUGUAGAAGAUAGUUCGUGUUAAAUUCAUCAAUACUCUUUAUGCUUCUGCUGAGUUGGUCAGAUCUGCAACAUGGAAGCUGAAAACAAUUCCCCAGAAGAUGCGUAUUCUCUGGUAAUUGAUCAAACCCAAUUCACGGGCAAAGAUACAGCAGAUAAUGAACAUGCUGACCACCAAUUGGAAGAACCCAGCACGGAGAAUGUGAUUACAAAGCAUUCCAACUCAGAACAGUUGCCAACGGAAGGCAGCAUAAAAUCAAAAUGUGAUGAGGAACCACUAGAAAAGAUUAUUGAAUUAUACUCUGUUGAUAAUUCGGAGAUAAAAAAAGAUGGAAAAGUCAUGUCAGAGAAGGAAAUAGGUGUGCCUGUAGAUGGGACUCUGAAAACUUCAUCAACUACAGCAUGUGUUGGCGCUGCAGAGUUAGAGAACAAGGAUGAAGGAAAUUUCACACUUGAGAAAGCAAAAGAGAUGGAAGCAGCAACAGAUAGUCCACCUGAGAAUAAAGACCUGCCUGCAGUGUCCACUUCUGAAUUUGUCAAAGGUCACACUGACGAAAUCUCAAAGCAACAAACACAUAAAAAUGAUGAAACAUCAGUUAUUGACACUGAGAAGAACAGCACAGAACCUGAGGAUGAUGAGAAAUUAUAUAAAGAAGCGAAAGAAAUUGAAGCAGCAAUGAAAACACAGUUAUUAAACACUGAAACAGAAAGUCUACUAAAGGAAGAAGUCCAGCCAAGAUUGCCCACACCUGAUAUUGUCCACCAAAACACUGAUCAAAUCAUAAAGCAACAACCACUUAAUCAAGAUCAACCAGACGUGACUGAUAAUGCCCAGAGCUGCAUAGCUGAAAAGGAACCUGACAGAUUAUCCACAGUUAUUGAGGAACCUGUAGAACUUGAAACCAAGCACAACAUCGGCAUAUUAAAAGAACAGGCAAACCAACAAUCAGAAGAAACUAGCAUGCAGAAUGUCACUACAAAUUAUAUAAUAGAAGGUCAUGUCACAUCAGAAAGCAGCAUAAAAGUAGCUGAUGAUGUCCACAAAUCGGACUCAAUAAAGAAUUUAGAGAAGAAAGAUGAAAAUGAAAUCAGAGAAGAGGAAGCACAGGAUGUCAAACAAUCGACUAAUGUGGAGAUACCAAAAAGAGAAGCUAAAGGGAGGUCUGAAGAUAAAGCCCUGCAGACAUUACCCAGUGCAGAAUUGGUCGGAACCAAAGCAAAUGAUGAGAGUUUUCAAGGAGAUAUAAAACCAGAAGCAGGACUUGCAGUGACAUAUGCAAAUGAGAAGCAAGCACUGCAACAUGAAUUCGACACAAAAGAAGAAAUUCCGGAGGAAGAGGCAUGCAAGCUCAUUGCAGAAAGUGAAGCGAAAUCAGAACCCCAGAUUGUAGCACAGAACAAUGAGACCACAUGCAUAAAGCAUCCAUAUUUGGAUGGAGAGACUUCAGAAAUAAACCCCACUAAUGAUACCAUAGAGCAAGAGAUUACAAUGUCUCAUGCGAAGGAGAAACUAGCAAUUGAGGAUGACAAGAACUUUAAUCUAGAGGAAGAAAAAGGGACACAAAAAGAAACAAACAUGCAGCUAGAAGACACUACAGAAAGUGAGCCAAAAGAGGAACCUAUACAACCAAUAGCUAGAGCAGAAUUAGUCAGAACCAAAGCACAUGAUGAGAGUAGUCCAGAAGCAAAUGUUACUGUGAAAUCAAACAAAGAGGUGCAAACAUCUAAUGUCAUAGAGAAAGAAGAGACUCAGGAUACUGGAAAGUGCAGUCAAGUGGCAGAAAAAACGAUUAAAGAACCUACAAAAUCACAGUUAAAGGAGGAAGAAGUCCAGACAAGAUCACCCACUCCUUACUCUGUACAAGGUGAUACUAAUCAAAUUCGGCAGCAAGAAACACCGUACAUUAACGAGUCAGAAAUAAGUGAUAAUGACAAGCAGGGCGGCAUACCAAAAAUUGCACAAGACAUACAAUUGACUAUUGCUCAGGAAACUGAAAAACCAGAAACCAAAGUCGAUGUUGGAAUAGUGACAGAGAAAUUAGACAACAAGUAUGCAAGUGAAAUCAGAUCAGAGGAAGGAACAGAUGCCAAACAAUUGACUGAUGUGGAGAUACCAAAGUCAGAAAUAGAAGGUGUGCCAAAAGAUGAAGCUCAACAACCAAUAGCCAAUACAGUAUUGGUGGGAACCAGGGUAUUUGAUGAGGGUAGUCGAGAAGACAUAGAGUCAGAAGAAGAUGCUAAAGUACUAUCUAACGAUGAGGAGCAAAAACCAGAAUAUGUUACUGAGGGAACUGUAGGAAUAAACGCCACUAAUUAUACAAAUGAAAAAGAAGAGGUUCCAACAUCUCCUGUCAGUGUGAAAGAAGGGAUUGAGAAUAAUCCAAAAUUCAGUAAAGAAGAAGAACCAAAAAGGGUAAAAGAAGAAACAAAAAUGCAGUUACAGGACGAACAAGGCCAGACAAGAUCACCCACUCCUGCCUUUGUCCAAGGUGAUACUAAUCAAAUUCCUCAGCAAGAAGCACUAUUCAUUGAUCAAUCAGAAGUUCUUGAUAAUGCCAAGCAAUGGUGCAUACCAGCAAUUGAACUUGAGAAAAACACCACUGUUGCACAGGAAACAAGAAAUCCAGAAACCAAGGAUAAAGUCAGCAGAGUAGCAGAGAAUUUAGGCUACAAGGAUGCAAUAGAAAUCAAGGUAGAGGAAGGAACAUAUGCCCAACAAUCGACUGAAAUGGAGAUGCCAAAGUCAGAGAGAGAUGGUAUGCUAAUAGAUGAAGCUCAACAACCAAUAGCGAAUGCAGUAUCAGUCAGGUCCAAAGCACUUGAAGAAAGUAGCCAAGAGAUACCGCCAAAAGCAUAUGUUAAAUCUAACAAAGAGGUGAAAACACCAGAAUCUGUUACUAAUGAAGUAGUAGAAAUAAGCACCACUAACUAUACUGAGAAACAAGAGGUCCCAAAGGCUCAUGUCAGAGAGGGAGAAAGGAUUGGGGAUAAAUUCAAUCAAGAGGAAGAAGAAGAAGGAAUUGAAGCAACAAACACGCAGUUACUGGAGGAAGAAGUUAAGAUAAGAUCAUCCACUCUUGUAUCAGUUCAAGGUGAUACUAAUCAAAUACCACAGCAAGAAACACUACACGUUAAUGAAUCAGAAGUGAUUGAAAAUGCCAUUGUUGUUCAGGAAUGGGAAGUAUCUGAAACAAAGGACAAUUCCGACACAAUAAUAGAGAAUUUAGACAAGGAUGCAAGUGACAUCAGAGCAAAGGAUGGAACAGAUGCCAAACAGUUCACUGAUUUGAAGAUGUCAAAGUCCGAAACCGAAGAAGAGAUUCAAGACAACAGAAAAUUCAAUCAAAGAGAAGAAGAAAAAAAGAUUGACGAAGUAACAGGAAUGCAAACACCACAGGAAGAAGUCCACACAACAUCACCCACUCCUGCCUUUGUCAAAAGUCAUACCGAUAUAACUCAGCAGCAAAAAGCAUUACAUCUCAAUGAAUCAAAUGUGAUUGCUACCGCCAAACAAAGCUGCAUACCAGAAUUUGAACAUGACAGAAAUCCCACUGUUGUUCAGGAAAUUGAAGUAUUUGAAACCAAGGACAAUGUCAACAGAGUAAUGGAGAAUUCGGACAAGGAAGAAACUAAAAUCAGAGAAAAUGAAAAAACAGACACCACACAACUGAAUGAGGAGAGUGGUCAACAAGACAAACAGCUAGAAGCAGAUAUUACAGACAAAUCUAACAAAAAGGUGCAAACUCCAGAAUAUGUUACUGAGGAAAAUGUAGAAAUAAACAUCACUGAUUAUGCUGAGGAAAAGAACCAAAACCCAACAGAUCAUGCCAAAGAGAAAGAAGGGAUUGAGGAUAUAUUCAAACAAGAGGAAAAAGAAAAAUUAAUUGAAGAAACAACAAAGACACACUCAGAGGAGGAAGAAGUCCAGACUCAUGCUCCUGCCUUUGUCAUAGGUGAUACUAAUCAAAUUCCACAUCAAGAAACAAUGCAUGCUGAUGAAUCAAAAGUGAUGGGUAAUGCAAAGCAGAGCUACAUACCAGAAACUGAACUGGAAGGAAAGGCCAUUGUUUUUCAGGAAACUGAAUUAUCAGAGAGCUUAUACGAAAAGGAUGCAUCUGAAAUCAGAGUAAAGAAAGAAAUAGAUGCCAAAAAAUUGACUGAUUCAGAGAUGCCAAAGCCCGAAAUUGAAGAAGAUGAAGCUCAGCAACCAAUAGCCAAUGCGGAACUGGUCAGAACUGAAGCAGUUGAGGAGACUGGUAAACAAGAGACACAGGCAAAAGAAGAUAUUACUGAGGAGACUGCGGAUGAAUCUAACAGGGAGGUGCUAAUUAAGGAAUUUGUUAUUACUGAGGAGACUGCAGAAAUAAACACCAACAAUUUUACUAAGGAACAUGACACAGUUGAAACAUCUCCUGCCAAGGAACAAGAAGGAACUGGGGAUGGUGCAAAAUUACAUGAAGAAGAAGCAAACGGGAUUGAAGAAAAAACCAAAACUCAGAACCUAGAGGAAGAAUUCCAGACAAGUUCUCCCACUCCUGACUUUGUCCAAGGUGAUAGUGGUCAAACUUUGCAGCAAGAAACAGUGAACAUUGAUGAAUCAGAAGUUCUUGAUAAUGACAAGCACAAAUCCAUACCUGAAAUUGAACUUGAUGGAAAGUCCACUGUUGUUCAGGAAACUAACAAUCCAGAAAUCAAGGACAAAAUCAGCACAGGAGCAGAGGAUUUAGACAACAAAGAUGCAAUUGAAGUUCGGGUAGAAGAAGGAGCAUAUGUCAAACAAUUGACUAAUGUGGAGAGACCAAAUUCAGAGAUCAAAGGUGUGCAAAAAGAUGAAGCUCUGCAACUAAUAGCAAACAUAGUAUUAAACGUAACCGAAGGAAUUGAUGAGGGUAGUCAACAAGUGAUACAACCACAAGAUGUUACCCAAAAAUCUAACAAAGAUGUGAAAACACCAGAAUAUGUUACCGCAGAAACUAUAGAAAUAAACACCACAAGUUAUACUAAGGAGCAAGAAAAGGUUCCAUCUAUUCAUGUUGAAGAUGAAGGCAUUAAGAAUAAAUUCAAUCACAAGGAAGAAGCAAAAGGAAUUGAAGAAGCCACAAAAAUCCAAUUCCCGGAGGAAAUCCAAACAAAAUCACCCACUCCUAUCUUUGUCCAAGGAGAUAAAAAUCAAGUUCCUAGUCAAGAAACAUUGCCCAUUGAUGGAUCAAAAGUAAUUGAUAGUGCCAAACAAAGCUGCAUUCCUGAAAUCAAACUUGACAAAAAUACCACAGUUGUUCAGGAAACUGAAAAACCUGAAACCAAGAACAUUGUCAACAUAAUAACAAAGAAUUUUGAUGACAAGGAUGCAAGUGAAAUCAGAGCAGAGGAAGGAUCAUAUGACAAACAAGUAACAGAAGUGGAACGAUCAAAUUCAUUAACGGAAGAAUACAAACCAAUAGCAAUUACAGUAGCAGUUGGAACUGAAACAGUUGAUGACAGUAAUCAAGAAAAGAUACAGCUUGAAGAAGACGUUGCAGAGAAAAAAUCUAGCAAAGAGGAACAAACACCACACUGUUGUGAUGAGGACACUACAGAAAUAAACAACAAUAAUUAUGCUGAUGAACAUGACAAGGAUCAAACAUCUCAUGCCAAGGUAAAAGAAGGGAUUGAGAAUGAGGAAAAUUUGGAUCAAACGGAAAACGCCAAAGGUAUUGACAAAACAAGCAAAAUGAAGAUACCAGAGGAAGAUAUCCAGACAAGAUCAACCAUACCUACCAUUGUUCAAGAUGACACUGAUCAAAUCUCACAAAAAGAAUUACUUCAUGUUGUUGAAUCAGGAGUUAUUGACAAUAUCAAGCAAAGCUGCACACCGGAAAUGCAAUUUGACAGAAAGUUCACAAUUGUUCAGGAAACUGAAAACCCUGAGACCGAGGACAAUGUCGGCAUUAUAACAGAAAAUAAAGGAACCAACAAUGCAAGGAAAACCAGAGCUGAGGAAGCAACAGAUUCAAAAAAAUUGGCUGAUUUCAAGAUGCAUGACCCAGAAAUGAAAGAUGUGCAAGAUAAUACAGCUCCACAACCAGUAGCAAUUGCAACAGCUUCCAAAACCGAGACAGUUGAUGACAGUAAUAAAGAACAGAUACAGCUAGAAGACAUAAUAGAGAAAAAAUCUAACAAAGAGGAACAAACACUACAAGAUGUUGCUAAGGACACUGUUAAAAUAAACACUAAUAAUUAUACCAAUGAACAUGACAAGGUUCAAAAAUCUCAUGCUGAAGUAAAAGAAUGGAUUGGGGAUGAUGAAAAUUUUGAUCAAGAUGAAGAAACCAAAGAUAUUGAAGAAACAACAAAAAUGCAGUUAGCUGAGCAAAAAGUUCAGAAAAGAUCACUCACUCCUGCCUUUGUUCAAGGAGACACUGAUCAAAUCUCACAGAAAGAAUUACUGCAUAUUGUUGCGUCAGAAGUUCUUCAUUAUGACAAGCACAUUUCCAUACCAGAAACUGAACCUGACAGAAAGUCCACUAUUGUUCAGGAAACUGAAAAACCUGACACCGAGGAAAAUAUCAGCAAAGAAACAAAGAAUUUAGGUACAAAUUAUGCAAGCGAAAUCAGAGCAAAGGAAGAAAUAGACGACAAAAAAUUGGUUGAUUUGAAGAUCCCAAAGUCAGAAAUCCAAGAAGAAGUUCGGCAACCAAUGGCAAUUGCAGAAGCGGUUGUAACUGAAACAGCUGAUGACAGUAAAGAAGAACACAUACAGCUGGAAGAAGACAUUGCAAUGAAAAAAUCUAACAAAGAGGAACAAACACCACAAUAUGUAGCUGAGGACACUGCAGAAAUAAGCACCACUAGCUAUACUGAUCAACAUGAUAAGGGUCAAACAUCUGAUGCAGAAAGAGAGCAAGGGAUUGAGGAUGAUGAAAACUUUGGUCCACAGAAAGAUGCCAAAGCUAUUGCAGAAACAAACAAAAUGCACUUACUGGAGGAAGAAGUCCAGACAAUAUCACCCACUCAUGCCUUUGUUCAGAGUGACAUGGAACAAAUCUCAGAGGAAGAAUUACUGCAUGUUGAUGAAUCAAAAUUUAUUGAUUAUAUCAAGCAAAAUUGCAUACGAGAAACCAACCUUGAAACAAAGUCCAAUAUUGCUCAGGAAUCUGAAAAGCCAGAAACCAAGGACAAUAUCAGCAAAGUAACAGAUAAUUUAGGGACCGACGAUGCACGAGAAAUCGAAGAAGAGGGAGAAACAAAUUCCAAAAACUUGGCUGAUUUCAAGGUGCAUGACUUAGAAAUCAAAGUUGUGCCAGAAGGUGAAGUUCGGCAAUCAAUAGCAACGGCAGUGGCGGUCCUAACCCAAACAGUUGAUGACAGUAAACUAGAACAGAUACAACUGGACAAAGACAAUACGCAGAAAAAAUCUAACAAAGAGAAACAAACACCGCAAUUUGUUGCUGAGGACACUGCAGAAAUAAACACCACUAGCUAUACUGAGGAACAUGACCAGGUUCAAAAAUCUAAUGUAGAAGUAAAACAAGGGAUUGAGGAAGAUGAAAAUUUUGGUCAACGGGAAGAAGCCAAACCUACUGGAGAAACAAACAAAAUGCAGUUGCCCAAGGAAAAUAUGCAGACAAUAUCACCUACUCCUGCCUAUGCUCAAUGCGACACUGAUCAAACCUUGAAGCAACAAUUACUGCAUAUUGAUGAAUUAGAAGUUAUUGAUUAUGCCAAACAGAGUUGCAUACCAGAAAUUGAACUUGACAGAAAGUCCACUAUUGCUCAGGAAACCGAAAAGCUUGACACCAAGGACAAUAUCAGCGACGUAACAGAGAAUUCAGGUGCCACCAAUGGAAGUGAAAUCAGAGCAGAGGAAGAAACAGAUGUCAAAAAAUUGGCUGAUUUGAAAAUACCAGAGUCAGAAAUCAAAGUAGUGGUCAGAACCCAAUCAGUUGAUGACAGUAAUCAAGAACUGAUACAGCUGGAAGACAUUACAGAGAAAAAUUCUAACAAAGGUGAACAAACAACACAAAAUGUUGCUGGGGACACUGCAGAAAUAAACAUCAAUAGUUAUACUGAUGAACAUGACAAGGUUCAAACAUCUGAUGCAGAAGUAAGAGAAAGGAGUGAGGAUGAUGAAAAUUUUGGUCAACAGGAAGAACGCAAAGGUAUCAAAGAAACAUGCCAAAUGCAGUUACCCAGGAAAGAAGUCCGGACAAGAUCACCCACUCCUGCCUUUGUUCAAAGCAACAUUGACCAAAUCUCACAGCAAGAACCACUACAUGUUGAUGAGUCAGAAGUUAUUGAUUAUAUGAAGCAAAGCUCCCUUACAGAACCAGAAAUUCAACUUGACAAAAAGUCCACUAUGGUUCAGUUCAACCAGGGAACUGAAAAACCUGAGACCAAGGACAAUGUUGGCAUAGCAACAGACAAGUUAGGCACCAGUGAUCCAAGCAAAACCAGAGCAGAGAAAAGAACAGAUGCCAAAAAAUCAGCUGAUUUUAUGAUGCCAAAGCCAGAAAUCAAAGACUAUGAGGUGCCAGAGGAUGAAGUUCCUCAACCAAUAGAAGUGGCAGUAGCAGUUGAAACAGUUGAUGACAUUAAUCAAAAAGAGAUACAGAUCGAAGAAGACAUUACACAGAAAAAUUCUAACAAAGAUGAACAAUCAUCACAAUAUGUUGCUAAGGACACUACAGAAAUAAAGACCAAUAGCUAUGCUGAUGAACAUGACAAGGUUCAAACAUCUCAUGCUGAAGUAAACCAAGGGACUGAGGGUGAUGAAAAUUUUGGUCAAGUGGAAGAAGCUAAAGGUAUUGAAGAAACAAACAAAGCACAAUUACCUGAGGAAGAAGUCCAGAUAAGAUCACCCACUCCUGCCUUUGUUCAAGGCGACACUGAUCGAAUCUCUCAGCAAGAAUUACUGCUAGUUGAUGAGUCAGAAGUUAUUGAUUUUGUUGAGCAAAGCUGCAUACCAGAAAUUGAACUUGACAGAAAGUCCACUACCGUUCAGGACACUGAAAAACCUGAGACCAAGAACAAUGUCAGCAUUGUAACAGAGAAUUUAGGCACCAAUGAUGCAAGUGAAAUCAUAGCAAAGGAAGAAACAGAUGCUGAAAAAUUGGCUGAUGUAAAGAUCGUAAAGUCAGAAAUCAAAGGUGUGCCAAAAGAUGAAACUCUGAAACCAAUAGCCAAUGAAGUUUUGCUUAGAACUAAAGCAGUUGAGAAGAGCAGUCAACAAGACAAACAGCAAGAAGAAGAGGUCUCAGACAAAUCUAUCAAAGAGGUGCAAAGCCAAGAAUAUAUUACUGAGGGAAGUGUAGAAAUAAACAUCAAUAAUGAGGCUGAGGAAAAGGACAAAAAUUCAACAUCUAAUGCAGAAGAAAAAGAAGGGACAUCUCAUGCAGAAGAAAAAGAAGGGAUUGAGGAUAUAUUCAACCAAAAGGAAAUGGAAAAAGAAAUUGAAGAAGCAACAAAAAUACACUCAGUGGAGGAGGAAGAAAUCCAGAGAUCACCCCCUCCUGCCUUUGUGCAAAGUGAUACUAAUCAAAUUCUGCACCAAGAAACAUUGCAUAUUAAUGAAUCAGAAGUGAUUCAUAAUGCCAAGCUGAGCUCCAUCCCAGAAAUUGAACUUCAUGAAAAGGCCAUUGUUGUUCAGAAAAGUGAAAAAGUAGAAACCAAGGACAAUUUUGACAGAGUAAGAGAGAAUUUAAACAAGGAUAAAAGGGAAAACAGAGCAGAGGAAGGAAUAGAUGUCAAACAAUUGACUGAUUUGGAGAUGCCAAAGUCAGAAACCAAAGCAGGUGUGCUUGAAGAUGACUCUCUCCAACCAAUGCCUGACACAGUAUCUGUUGAAAAGGAGGCGGUUAGUGUAAGUCAAGAAAAGAGACAGCCACAAGAAGAAUUUAUUAAGAAAGUUAACAAAGAGGUGCAGACACCACAGUAUUUUACUGAGGAUAGGGAAAAAAUAGAGACCACAAAUGACACUGAGGAACAAGAAGAGGUUCCAACAUCUCAGCCUAAAGAGAAAUCAGGAAACAAGGAUGAUGACAAAUUUGAACAAGAAGAAGAAGAAAAAAAAAACGGGAUCGAAGAAUCAACAAAACCACAGUUACAAGACAAAGACAUCAGCACAACAUUGUCCAUCCAAACCUCAGUCCAAGGUGAUUUUGAUCAAAUUUGGCAUAAACAAAUACUGCAUGAUGAUGAAUCAAAAGGGAUUGGUAAUGCCAAGAGGAGUUCCAUGCAAGAAAUUGAACUCGAUGGAAAAUCUACUAUUGUUGAGGAACCUGAAACCAAAGCCAAUGUCAACAUAGUAAAACAAGAACAUCCAAACAACCAAUCCAAAACAUCAAGCAUUCAAGGAGACAUUAUGCAUAAUAUAACAGAAGAAGGACUCGUCACAUCAGAAAGCAACAGAGAAAUAAGUGAAGUGCACACUGAGGAACAGAAGACAGUAAAAUCAUGCUUAAGAGAGAACUUAGACAACAAAAAUGCAUGUGAAAUCAUAGUAGCAAAAGCAUCAGAGGCAAAACAAUCAACUUACAUGGAAAUACAAGAGUCAGAAACCCAAGGUGAGCCUGAAGAUAAAGACUUGAAAACAAGGCUCAAUCCAUCAUCAAAUGGCAAUGAAGGACUUGAUGAGAGUAGUCCAGAAAAAUUUACAGAGAACUUGAACAAAGAUGUGCAGACACCACAGUGCAAUACAAAGGUGAAUGCAGAAACAAACAUUACAUCUUAUCCUGACAAAUUAGAAGAAGCAGAGGAUAUUGAAGAAUCAAUAGAAAAACAGUUACCAGAGAAAGAAAUCCAACACACAUUUCCCACUCCAACAUCUGUCCAAGAAGAUAUUGAUCAAAUGUCACAGCAACAAACACUGCAUGAUGAUGAAAUAGAAGUGAUUAAUAAUGCCAAGAGCUGUAUGACAGAAAUUGAACUUCAUAGAAAGUCUAUAGUUGUUAAGGAAUCUAAACAACCGGAAACCAAGGCAAAUGCUGACUUAGUGAAAGAAGGACAGGCAGACCAUCAAUCAGAAGAAUCAAGUGUGCAAAGUUUCAUUACAAACUAUAUAAUAGUUGAAAGACAUACGACAUCAGAAAGCAAUAAAGAAUUAAGUGAUGAUGUUGACCUUGAUGGACAGAAGAAAGUAGAAUCACAAUUGGAGGAGUUUUUAGAGAUUAAGGAUGUCAGUGAAAUCAGAGCAAAAGGAAUACACUCCAAACAACCGACUGAUGUGGAGAUACAAAAAUCAGAAACUGAAGGUGUGGCUGAAGAUAAAGGAAUGCAAACAAUGUCCAGCACAACAUCAGUCAAAAAUUAUGCAUUUAAUGAAUGUUGUCAAGAAGAGAUUCAACCACGAGAAGAAUAUGCUGAGAAGCAUAUCAAAGAAGUGAAGAUGCCACACUAUGAAUUUAAUACGCAAAAACAUAUUCCUGAGGCAUAUAGGGUAGAGGAAGAUACAAGUCAGAUCAGGGUGGUAAAUGAACAGAAAUUAGAGUCCCAGCUGGCAUCACUAAACAAGGAGGCCACAUUCAUAGAUAAUCGGUAUUCAGAUGGAGAGAUAGAAAACGCAAACCCCAUUGGUGAUAUAGAGAAAGAAGUGAAUCCAAAAUCACUCACCAAGCAGAAAUUAGUGAUCCACGAUGAUGGUAAAUUCGAUGAAGAGGAAGCAAAAGGAAUUGAAGAAAUGACAAAAAUAAAAUUACUAAAUUCAGCAACAGACUGUUCACCAGAAGAAGUCCAGCCAAAAUUGUCUGACCCUGCAACUGUCCAAGGUGACACUGAUCAAAUCUUACAGCAACAAACACUUCCCAGUGAUGCAUUAGACACAAUUGAUAACAACUUGAGCAGCAUUCCAGAAAAUGAACUUGACAGAAUGUCCACUAGUGUUGAGGAACCUGAAACCAAGGCAAACAUCAACAUAGUAGAAGAGCAAUCAGACAAGCAAUCACAUGAACCUAGCAUGCAAAGUCUGAUUACAGAUUAUAUAACAGCGGAAGGCCAUUUAGCAUCUGAAAACAGUUCAAAAUUAAGUUAUGAUAUGAAUGAACAGAAGACAGUAAACUUGCAGAUGGUAGAGAAUUUAGGGAUCAAGUAUGCAAGUAAAACGACCACAGAGGAAGUAACAGAUGCCAAACAACCAACUGGCGUGGAGUUAGAGAAAACAAAAAAUGAAGAAUUGAUCGAAAAUAAAACACUUGAUGGGAGUAAUCAAGAAGAGAUGCAACCAGAAGAAGAUUUUUCAGAGACAUAUACCAAAGGCAAGAAGACACCACAAUCUAGCAUGGAGAAUGUAAAUUCAGAAGGAAUGGAAAUAACUGAAAACAGUACAAAGUCAAGUUAUGCUGAGGAAGAACCGGAACAGGUUAUAAACACAUACACCAUAGAAAAUUCAGAAAUCAAGGAUAGCAGAAGAAUCAAGCUAGAAGAAGCAUCUGAUAUAAAAGAAGCCACAGAUGAAUCUGGCGAUAAAGCCAUCUCAUUUUUAUCUACCAUACCAUCUGUAAGAAUUGGGAUAGUUGAUGAAAGCAUUCAAGAAAAAAUAGAAAAGGAUGUUCAACCCGCUGUGAUCAAUUCCAAAGAAGAGCAGAGAACAGAAAAUGAUUUUGUGAGGAACAUGGAAGUUCUCGAGGCAUUUGAAUUAAAAAAGGGGCCAGCCAACACCUCUGUGGAAAAUGACGAGAAAGUCGAAGUCCAAUCUGAAGCAAAUAACCAGAAGACCAUUAAAAAACAUCCAAAUUUAGAAGAACUGGAGACUGCAGAAAUAAGUCCAAGUAGUGAUACUAAAGAACUUGGAAAGGAACGUGAAGUUGCCAAACUUGGAGGUGUCUCUGAAUCUGUAUCCGUAGCUAUCACAGAACAUAUAGACACGGGGAAACUGGAAACUCAAGAGGCCAAAACUGGUAUAUCAGGCAACACAAAAGAAGAUAAAGCAGGAGAAGAAUUCGAAAACAUAAGCCCAUCAUCUAGUGUUGGUGUCCUAUCCAGAGACUCUGAAGACACUGGCACCAAAGUUUUGCACAAAAAAUCUCACGGCAUCCUGUCAGGUGUAGGAUCAAAGGUGAAGCACUCAAUUUCCAAAGUGAAGAAAGUCAUUACGGGCAAGUCUUCACGCCCCAAGACACCACCAUCAUAAAAAUCAAAAAAUAAGUGCUCAUUAGACAACUACAUGCUGCUGUUGAAAAUAGAAUAUGCACAUGUUUGGGAAUUUUAGAGGGCUUAUUUCUUAUGUUUGAGGAAUUGUAUUGAUUUGUUUCAUUGAUGUAUUGUUUGGUUUGUCAUUAGUUUUGAAAUUUGAUCUUAUGGAGGAUCUACUAUCC